AUGUGGGAUGGGGUGCUCGCUGGAGUCGGGCGCCUCCGCCAUGCAACACACCAUAGGACCUGUAUAUCGCAUUCUGCCCAUAGUACAUGGCUUUGUUGGCAGCUUCCUCUGCAUCGGGCAUGGGUGCGGGCCAUCAUGAAUUACGCUGGGUGGUGUGCGUGCGGAGCCCGCAGCUUUCAUAACGGUCGCCAUUCCUCACGCCUGGAUCAUGCCAUUGACAGCGAGUGA